CGCGAUUCGCAACUCGCAACUCGCAACUCGCAACUCUGCCGUCAAAUUCGAAUAAUAUAACAUUCUUGUGCGCUCCACGUGAGCAAGCAGCCGACGACAAGAUGCUGUACGAGCUGAUUGGAAUCGUCCGACCCGGCAACCUCGCCGAGGUAAAAGAAAUCGUCCUAACAGCCGGCCAACUGAUCCUCCAACAAAAAGGCGUCAUCCGCGGAAUCGCCAACUGGGGCGUCUUCCUGCUGCCCAAGGCCACCAGCGUGCACCAGAUGCGCCACCACUCGGGCCACUACUUCGCCAUGCGCUUCGACGCCAGCGUCGGCACCCAGCAGGCCGUGCGCAACAUGCUGGCCCUCGACCCGCGCAUGAUCCGCCACGCCUCCGUAAAGCUGGGCGACGGGAAACUGACCACCAUGAGCCGCUUCGGCGGGCCCGAGUGGUCGACGACCUAGGCUAUCUCUCGUGGGUGAGCUGAGAGGGAUAAGAAGAGGAAGAGGAAGAGGAAGAGAUGAGACGAGACGAGACGAGAAGAAGCUAAGGUCUCGGAGUCUGGUUUGGGUUUGACUGCGGAGCACGGGAGUGAGUGGUGCUGUAUAUGUAUAAUACAUCCAUCUACUCGCUUUGCUCGGCCUUCUGUCUUCCUGUAUUAGAGGAGGAUAUAUAGUCAUUUCCCGUAACCAUGUGCGCGAGAGCAAUGGCUAGUAUCAGAACGGUGGUAAAAGGCGGCUCCUAUAUGAAUCAGGUAGCCGGAAAUAGCAAGUUAGGGGGCUUGGAUGAUAUGAACCGUUGAUCUGGCUGCGGAUUCGCUUGCUUGCUGUGUGAAUAUGACAUGAUAUAAGGAACAUACAAGGUAUAUAUAUAUAUAUACAUAUACCUAUAUAUACCUAUAUAUACCUAUACAUACUAGGAGCAUAAAUACAGACAUGUAAAAGGCAA